GAACGAGUUACAUAACUACUUAUAAGGAGACUGUUGGUUCCUGUGGUGAUCACUCUAAAUAUACAAACUCAGCUACUUAUAACGACUUGAUCAACAUUAAAAAUACAGUGAAAGGAAAACUCACUACCUGUUAUCAGGUUCCAGUAUACACGCAAGCUUGUAAACUUGACAUAGUCUUCAUCAUUGAUGAUACGGAUGCAGUCACCGCUGCUCAGUUCUCAGAAAUGAAAACUGCUCUUGAAGUUCUUGUCAGUGAAAUGCUUAUUGGUGAUAAUGCAAUAAGAAUAGGGAUAGUGACCUUUGGUGACGGAGCCGCAACCGCCUUUCCGCUCAACCAAUACUCAACUGCACCAGACUUGAUCAGUGCUAUAAGCACACUUACCCAAGGAAACUCGACUUAUAGUAGAAAUCGCCGGUAUGUAGAAAAAGCCAUCACGUAUACGAUGUUGAACUUUUUCACGCAAGGCAACGGAGACCGUAAUGACUCAAGGAAUUAUUAUGUCGUACUGACAUACGGGGGUACUUAUGGAUCCAAUUUUACAGAAUAUGGAACAGCAGUGCUGUACAAUUCCUCGAUGGAUAUUUUCAUUCUUGGUGUUAAUGUUUCCUCCAGUGAUGAAGCUGAUUAUCAGGGGGGCGUCAGCUCAGGGAGAUACAUGAACGCUACCAGCUUCACCGUCCAUCAGUGUGACAGUACUGUGUUCACCACCAUCACUCAAUGUCCAGGACCAGCUGAUACUACUACUAAUAUUGAUACUACUAGUGCAGCUACUACUGAUAAUACUAAUAAUAGUACUGAUAAAACUACCAUCACUACUGAUACUGCUACUACUAUUCCUACUGCUACUACUGCUACUACUGCUACUACUGCUAUUUCUACUACAAAUACUACUACUAUUACAAGUUCUACAUCCACUACUACUGUUAUUUCUACAAGUGACAAUACGACUACUCCUGGGCAAACUACAGCUCCUACCAAGACUUCAGGAUUUUAG